CAGUCCGGUAUAACCCAGUCCGGUAUAACCCAGUCCAGUAUAACCCAGUCCGGUAUAACCCAGUCCGGUAUAACCUCCAGCAUAACCCAGUCCAGCAUAACCCAGUCCAGCAUAACCCAGUCCGGUAUAACCCAGUCCGGUAUAACCCAGUCCGGUAUAACCCAACCAUAA